GGAAGCUCCCUGAAUGAAAAUAAAUCGAAGUUUUUUCCAAUUGCUUGUACUUCUACUACGGGAGCAUGAUGCAUAAAAUACUCCUACUCGUAUUAUCAAUAACAGCCAGUGCCUUACUACUAUGGCAAAAUUACGACCUUUUAAAGAAAGAGAAACGGAUAUUAAUGCACGAUAGGGUUACCCAUUUCCUUGGUUCCUCAUCAUCAACAACAAGAGUUGGAAACAAUGACAAUGUGGACGGUCUAACAGCUUCCAAUCCAAGCAAAAAAUAUGGCUAUUUUUUGCAAAUCACAGAUAUUCAUAUGGACGAUCAUUACACAACAGGUGCGACCUUAGAAUCUGGCUGUCACACUCUACCCAAAAAACACUCCAGACAUCAUAAACUAUGCAACGCCAUGGGCGAACCCGGCAAGCGGAUGGACGCACCUCCUAUCGUUGUUGAGCAUACUCUAGACUGGAUUCGUCGUCACUGGAAGGAUAAAUUGGAUUUUGUCAUCUGGACAGGCGAUAACUCUCGGCAUGAUUGGGAUGCUCAGCUUCCUCGUCAAAAGCACAAAGUCCUCGCACUCAAUCGGAUAGUGACCAAUCUAAUGGCCCAACUUUUUGACGAUAAGGAUGCAACAAAUACCAGUAUUCCGGUUGUUCCUGUCAUUGGGAAUAAUGAUGUCCAACCCCAUAAUGGUAUCGAGAAAAACGAUGACAUACUACGCUCUUUUGAGAAGAUGUGGAGUAGAUGGAUACCGGGGGAUCAACGACAGGAUUUCUUACAGGGAGGUUAUUUCGCAGUCGACGUCAUACCGGAGAAACUGCGCGUGUUGGCAAUGAACACCAUGUUUUUUAUAAAGAAGAAUCCAGCUGCAAGGACGUGUAGUAAAAAGCAUUCUGUUGGAUACAUGCACAUGCGUUGGUACAAACGGCAGUUGGCCAAAGCACGUCAAGACCAAAUGAAGGUGUAUGUCAUUGGGCAUGUCCCCCCUUCAACACGUGAUUUUUUUAAAAACUGUAUGCGUGAUUAUUUGGCAAUUACUUCAGAAUAUUCAGACGUGGUAAUGGGACAUUUUUAUGGACAUUUGAAUAUGGAUCAUUUUUUAUUGUACGAUAAACGGCAACAGGAAGAAGAAAUGGACUAUUUCAACGAUGACGAAGGAGAAGAAAAUGAGGAUGGUGAUGCAGCUUCAGAUAUUUCGAUUAUAAAAGAGUCAAACGUACCCGCAGAUGAUAGUUUGACUCUUCAACGGAGUCCCAAGCAUUAUGUAAAAUGGUUAAAGGCAAUGUAUAAAAAAGUAGUUGAUUAUGAAGAAGAGCAUCCUUUUGAUGAGCAACAUCGCAGAAAGAAUGUAUAUGAGUCUGAUAUGAAAACACAAAGGCUUUUCUCUGCGAAAACGACAAAGAAUUUAACAUUGAACAAUAACAAUCCCAUUACCUUAAUUUAUGUGGCACCAUCCGUCUUUCCUAUUUAUAUGCCCUCGCUGCGUAUUUAUCGUUAUGAAAUUGACCACACUACUAACAAUGGAGCAAAUUAUGGUCGCUUAUUAGGCUAUACACAGUUUGUUGCUAAUAUCACACGCUAUAAUCAACAGGGAAGCCACAAAUAUCCCGUGAUCCCUCUGGAAUUCGACUUGGAAUACGAUACGAAAGAUUUAUACAGUAUGAAAGAACUUUCGACAAAGACUUAUUUGGAGCUAGCAAAGAACUUUACACAACAAGAAGAUAAGACGUUGUGGGAUGUAUACUGUAAUAACAUUUUCUUGCAGACUAAAACCCAUGUUUGCUGAUCGUUGAAAUUAAUUUAUGUAACCUAUAUAUAUAACCAUGAUAAAAAUAUGGCUAUUAUACCCUUGAGCAUCAAUGUAAUAAAACGGUCUGAGUUCUAUUUUUAAUAUACUCCCC